AUGGUGGGCAAUAAACAAGUACAUAUUGACCAAAAGAUGCACAUAAUUGAAGAAUGGUCGAUACCUAUGGGAUUGUUUGAGCUAAGGUCAUUCUUGGGACUUGUGAAUUAUUACCAUAAGGCAAAAGAAGUGGUAUGA